AUAAGGUCACCCCGCUGCUCCGCAGUUGGGGGGAGGCUCUAGUAGUCUCACACCCAGCCAAGGGCACGUGGGGCGGGAGUUUGGGGGCCUGAGGUCCCAGGCCCCGCCCCGCCGGGCAUUUAAGUAGGGACGCUAGGCGCAGGCGCAGACAACGUGGUCCAGCUCCGGGUGCUGCAGGUUCCCCGCAGCAAGUUGCGCGCGAGUCCCACCGCCAGCCCCGCGCCCACCCCGAGACGCACGCACAUGGAGGAGGACGCCACCCCCCCGGACAAGCCCCGCGUCCGCCCCGCGGCGGCGGUGCUGUGCCGCGGCCCUGUGGAGCCGCUUGUCUUCCUGGCCAACUUCGCGUUGGUCCUGCAGGGCCCACUCACCACUCAAUACCUGUGGCACCGCUUCAGCACCGACCUCGGCUACAAUGGCACCCGCCAUCGGGCGGACUGCAGCAAUCGUAGCGCGGACCCCACUAUGCAGGAAGUGGAGACCCUCACCUCCCACUGGACCCUCUACGCAAACGUGGGCGGCUUCCUUGUGGGGCUUUUCACGUCCACCCUGCUGGGAGCCUGGAGUGACAGUGUGGGCCGCCGGCCACUGCUGGUGCUGUCCUCACUCGGCCUGCUGGUUCAGGCCGUGGUGUCCAUCUUUGUGGUGCAGCUGGAACUCCACGUUGGCUACUUCGUGCUGGGCCGCAUCCUUUGUGCCCUCCUUGGUGACUUCAAUGGUCUCCUGGCCGCUAGCUUUGCGUCCGUGGCAGAUGUCAGCACCAGCCGCAACCGCACCUUCCGAAUGGCUGUGCUGGAAGCGUGCAUCGGCGUGGCUGGGAUGCUGGCCAGCCUCCUUGGGGGCCACUGGCUCCGGGCCCAGGGAUACGCCAACCCUUUCUGGCUGGCCUUGGCCUUACUGAUAGUCAUGGCUCUCUAUGCAGCUUUCUGCUUUGGUGAGACCAUGAAGGAGCCAAAGUCCACCCGGCUCUUCACACUCCGUCACCACCGAUCCAUUGUCCAGCUCUAUGUUGCUCCAGCCCCGGAGAAGUCCAGGAAGCAUUUAGCCCUGUACUCAUUGGCUAUCUUCGUGGUAAUCACUGUGCACUUUGGGGCCCAGGACAUCCUGACCAUCUAUGAACUGAGUACACCACUCUGCUGGGACUCCCAGCUAAUUGGCUAUGGUUCUGCUGCUCAGCACCUCCCCUACCUCACCAGCCUGCUGGGCCUGCGGCUCCUCCAGUACUGCCUGGCCGAUGCCUGGGUGGCAGAGAUUGGCCUGGCCUUCAACAUCCUGGGUCUGGUGGUCUUUGCAUUUGCCACCAUCACGCCCCUCAUGUUCACAGGGUAUGGCUUGCUCUUCCUGUCUUUAGUCAUCACACCCAUCAUGCGGGCCAAACUGUCCAGGCUGGUGAGCACAUCAGAGCAGGGUGCUCUCUUUUCUGCGGUGGCCUGUGUGAAUAGCUUGGCCAUGCUGAUGGCCUCGGGCAUCUUCAACUCACUCUACCCAGCUACUCUGAACUUCAUGAAGGGGUUCCCCUUUCUCCUGGGAGCUGGCCUCCUCUUCAUCCCAGCCGUUCUGAUUGGGAUACUGGAAAAGACUAAUCCUCACCCAGAAUUUCAGCAGUUUCCCCAGAGCCCUUGAUCUGCCUGAUCCAGAGGAUAGAGAGCAAGAGGAGCAGAGUGAACACAAACCCACUGGAAGCCUGUAUCUGGGAGCCCAGCCACAACGGGGCCAGCAGCUCUCCUGGAAGGGCAGAAUUCACUUUGGUCAGGAUGGUCAAGCUAGACCAAGGUGCUGCCCCAUCCACAGCUGAGCCAGGCUCUGACUAGGAUUUAGAAUCAUAACCCAAACAGGCCUACUCCAGGGCAGGUGGGGGGAGCCAUCUGAGACCAGAGCCUGUUAAACCUUUAUUCUAUCCAUCACUUAAAACCUUCCAGGGCAGAGGAGAGGUCCUGAUGGUGGUGACAUUUCAGAGACCAGGUAAAGCAUGAGGGCUGGCAUCUCUCCUUUCAGCCCAAACUACACAGCCCCUGGUGCUAGGGUCCUGGUGUGUGCAGUAGCCAGCAGGCAUGCCUUAUUGCUAAGCAUGGUACCUGGUUAGUGCCAGCCUUGGCAGGAGAAAGGGCAGUAAGAGGGGCUUGGUGCCCUCUGGAGGGGGAGUGCUGCUAUCACUGUGGUUGGGGAAUCAGCCUUUGGCUCUGGUCUUUCGACCCUGCCCUGAACAGUGCCAGUUGUCAUAAUAAAUCAGUUUAAUGAGAUAGAAAUGAA